AUGGAGCAUUCACACGAGGCAAACGAGGCAGCUAAAAAUGCAGAAUUAACGACGAAUAAUCGUAAUAUUUCUACCACUACUAGUAAUGGGAAUUCAACAGUUACCAAUUUAAAGACGGUAAAUGAUUUUGAUUUGAACAAAAUCGGAGAUGAAGAUUUUGCGUAUGAGGAAAAUAAUAGUAAAAAUCCGUCGGAAUCAGAUUCGAGUAGUUGGUACAAAACUCUCUAUUCUUCUAGUUUCUCCAAGUUUUUCCUCGGACAAGCUACGCAGAAAACGACAGAUAGUGUCGGUUGCAAAACUCCCGAAUUUUCCGAUUUUGGAAUUAAUUUAAGAGAAUGGCUACAAUCCAACGGCCGUGAUGCGAUCAAGAACGACAGACUGCGUUUGUUCCGGCAAAUCGUGCAUAUAGUGGACGUUGCACAUACUCAAAGGAUUGCUUUACUCGAAUUACGGCCGUCCUCGUUUAUUUUAUUACAAAAUGGGGAUGUUAAAUACAUUGGUUCGAUAGUGGAGAUUGAUUCAUUAUCGAGUUCGAGCCAUGAAAACACGAAAAAGAGGAAUCUGCACCAAGAAAUUUCUUCUAUCGACAAUUUUCGUGCGAAGAUGCAAAAAACAGACGAUGAAAAAUUAUCGAGGCGGAACGUCUCUCAACUGGAAAAGAAGUGGUACGGUUUUCCGGAGGGGUUUAGUAUCGGAGACUUGCUUCCGUUCAAUAUCUAUUGUUUGGGGCUUUUGCUAUUUGAGGUGAGAAAAAAAAAUCACUUUUUUUCUCUAGAAAAACUUUUUUUUCAGAUUAUUUUCCAAUUUGAAUCGAUCGAAGAACUUUCUAUGGCAAUGGUGGACCUGCAACACAGGAUCGUACCUCCACGUUUUCUUUCCGAAAGUCCCGAAGAAGCCGGAUUUUGCUUUUGGCUGCUUCACCCUUAUCCUUCAUCUCGUCCCACCACGAGGGAAAUCUUGGAAUGUGAGUUGAUAUAUGGAUCCGAGAGCACAAAUGAUCUAAGUAACGCCGAAGAAUCGACUCUCUUGCUUUAUUUUCUUGAUUCAUUGAACCAAAAAAUGCACGAAAAAAAAACUAUUUUAUUGGAAAAUAUGAAGUUACUAGAUAUGGAUAUUAAGGUGGUCGAGAGGAAACGUGCUUCUAGAAGAACUUCGGAAUGUUCUAGAACAAAUACGCUCCGGGACAAGUUGUUGGGAAACAUCAACCACCUAGAAAACGCUUACUUCUCCGCUAGAUCAAAUGCCCGACUCGCCGAAAUUUCGGGCAACGAUCGAUCCGACAAGGAUGUUCUAAGCAAGCGCGAUAAGUGGUCUUGGGUGGAAAGUCAAGAAAAUGUGUUGACCAUGGAAGAAAAGUCAACCGAUCGCGUCGGAUCAUUCUUUGAUAGUAUUUGUAAGUUUGCUCGAUACAACAAGUUUGAAGUGUGUGGAACAUUAAAAAAUAGGGAGUUUCUUGACUCGAGUAACGUCAUAUGCUCGUUGAGCUUUGACCGCGACGAAGAGUUCAUUGGGGUUGCUGGGGUUUCGAAGAAAAUCAAGAUAUUUGAGCUCGAUUCUCUUUUGGAUGCAAAUAUCGACGUUCAAUAUCCGGUUCUUGAAAUGUCGAAUAAAUCGAAACUUAGUUGUAUUUGUUGGAAUAACUACAUCAAAAACAAUUUGGCUUCGACCGAUUAUGAUGGCUUGGUGCAGAUGUGGGAUGCGAGCACCGGACAAGUAUUUGCCAGAUACGACGAACACCGGAAGAGAGCGUGGUCGGUCGAUUUUUCCCACGUCGAUCCGACAAAGUUUGCUAGCGGUGGAGACGAUUGUUCUGUUAGAAUAUGGAGUAUCAAUGAGAGAAACUCAAUCGACACGAUUUGGAACCCCGCCAAUAUUUGUUGCGUACAAUUCUCCGAAUACUCCUCUCACUUAAUGGCAUUCGGAUCCGCCGAUUAUAAAAUCUACGGCUACGAUUUGCGCCACACGAGAAUUCCAUGGUGCACGUUAGUGGGCCACGAAAAUGCCGUUAGCUAUGUGAGGUUUUUGGAUCCGGAAACUAUCGUAUCCGCAUCGACGGAUAAUACGUUGAAGUUGUGGGAUUUGAAGAAAACAAGCUUAGAGGGAUUAUCCUCCAAUGCUUGCAAUUUGACCUUUAGUGGACAUACUAAUGAGAAGAAUUUUGUUGGCCUGGCAGUGUUGGAUGGAUAUAUAGCUUGUGGUUCUGAAACUAAUGAGGUUUAUGCUUAUUAUCGAUCGUUGCCAAUGCCGAUUACUAGUCACGAAUUCGGAUACGUGGACCCCAUAUCGGGAAACGAGACCAGUGAAGGAAAUGGGCAGUUCGUUUCGAGUUUGUGUUGGAGACGAAAAUCACAAAUGGUUGUUGCUGCGAAUUCAAGUGGAAGCAUAAAGGUAUUAAAAUUGGUUUGAAGACGAGUUCCAUUUUUCGAUUAAUUGAGGAGAUGAACGAACAACUUCCGUAUGAAUACGAAUAUGAUUUUUUGCCCAA